AUGAAGGUUUCACAAACCUGGACAGCUUUGCUUUCGACCGCGCUGGUUGCCAUUGCUGCUCCUAUUGCGGAGAACUGCACAUUGGAGGCUGAUUACGAUGUCAUCGUCGUGGGCUCUGGUCCUGCUGGAAUCAUCGUUGCCGAUCGCAUGAGCGAGGCUGGCAAAAAGACUCUUCUCCUCGAGCAGGGUGGACCAUCCUACUACGUUACCGGUGGGCGUGAGCGUCCUGAUUGGCUGAACGGAACCGAGCUCAGUCGUGUUGAUGUUCCUGGUCUUUACAAGUCCAUCUUCUCAGUAACCGGCAACCUGACAUGUGCGUCAGACGUUGUCAACGCCUUCCAGGGCUGCACGGUCGGUGGAAACACUGCCAUCAACGCUGGCCUCUUCUUCCAGCCGCCGGCGUCUGACUGGGACUUGUACUUCCCAACAGGAUGGAAGAACUCUGACAUGCAGAGUGCGAUUGCAAAGGUCCAUGCGAAGCAACCGUCCACAGACAAUCCGUCGGCAGACGGCAAGCGCUACCUGCAGAGUGGCUACCAUGUGGCGAAAGAGUGGCUCGUUGAAGGUGCAGGCUACGCAGACGUCGGCCUGAACGACGGCUGGGAGAAUCACCAAAAGACAAAGGUCUUUGGUCACCCCAUCUACAACUACGAGGGUGGACAGAGGAGCGGACCUGCCAAGACCUACCUCCAAUCCGCGCUCCAGCGGCCCAACUUCCACUUCCAGACAGGAACCAAGGUCAUUCGCGUGAUCCGCGACGGCCAGACAGCCACCGGCGUUGAGAUCCAGAUCAAGGGCUCCAACGCCACUUCCAUCGUGAACAUGGCCAAGAGCGGACGAGUCGUCCUCUCCGGUGGUGCUCUUCUCAGCCCUCAGCUCCUCAUGUGGUCCGGCAUCGGCGAGGCCGCCACCCUCGGCAACCUCUCUGCAUCGGGGCAGCUCACUCUUCCCGCCAGCCAAUGGAUCAACAACAGCGCUGUCGGUGACAAGGUCUUUGACAAUCCGAACACCUUCAUCGAGCUCUUCUCCGACUCCAUCUCGUCCUACAACUACAACUACACCGACCCUAUCCCCGCCGACCGGGAGCUCUACCUCAAGUCGCGUUCCGGUCCCUAUUCUUUCGGCUCGCAGACGAGUGCAUUCUGGGACUUUAUCAAGCAAGGCAACGAAACCAUUGGUUGCCAGGGCACCAUCGAUUCUUCUGGCGCGGUCCAGUUUAUGGAGAACGGCACCAUCACUCUGAAUGUGUACGGAACCUCGGGUCUGCGGUCAUUCGGUCGUGUCGGCCUCGAUGCCAAGGGUGUUGCGACACCCUCGUCCGGCUUCUUCUACUCCGACAAGCGAGAUGCCCAGGCUGUUGGCCAGUUUAUCUACAACCUCUUCCAGGCUUUGCCCGUGAACCUGAAGCCGCUGAACAUUGACGGUAAUUCGACACUCGAGGAGAUCACCACCUGGGUCAGCUCGCCUUCCGACUAUACCCUGGGCAACGUCCAGCAUUGGUCCAGCAGCUGCAGGUUCGAGACCUGUGUCGAUGCGAAUGCCAAGGUCAUUGGUACCAACAACAUCCACGUGGUUGACGCUAGUAUCAGCGCUCCUUUGACCACCAACCCUGUUCUGGGUACCAUGAUCAUUGCUGAGCGUGCCGUCGAGAAGAUCCUCGCCUUGUCGUCGUGA